CUGAUUGGCUCAGAAGACUCAUCAGGGCGGUUCGCUCGUGCACAGGUGGGGAAGUUGCUGUCGCGGGGCAAGUUGGAGGGGAGGAAAAUUGAUGCGCUCUUACCAUGCCUCCUGGGAAAGUGUGCCAUAAAGAAACCCUGGUUCUGCAGUGUGAGUGGGACAUGUGCACCUUUGUGGUCUCCAAGAUGGAAGAAUUCUGCGAGCACGUGUCAAAGCAUCUGCAGCAGCAUCUCCGCGGGAAAGAGGAGGACGAAGAUGAGGUGGAUUCUCUGGAAGAAUACACCUGUCUGUGGCAGGAGUGUGGCUUCUGUUCUCCAGAGAGUCCCGCCGACCUAGCCCGCCACGUGUACUUCCACUGCUACCACACCAAGCUGAAACAGUGGGGGCUGCAAGCCUUACGGAGCCAGUCGGACCUGACCCCCUGCCAGCUGGACUUCCAGAGCCGGAACAUUAUUCCUGAGAUUCAGGAGAACUUCCUGUGCUUGUGGGAGUACUGUGAGAGAGUUUUUGAUAAUCCCGAAUGGUUCUACAGGCACGUGGAGGAUCACAGCUUCUGCACGGAGUAUAAGGCAGUCGGGAAGGAAAACCACGUUGUCUUCUGCGGCUGGAAAGACUGCGACUGCUCCUUCAAAGGCCGUUGCAAGUUGCGGGAACACCUGCGCAGCCACACGCAGGAGAAGGUGGUGGCUUGUCCCACUUGUGGGGGCAUGUUCUCCAACAACACCAAGUUUUUUGACCACAUCCGUCGUCAAACUGCCCUAGAACAGCAGCGAUUCCAGUGUUCCCACUGCUCAAAAAGAUUCGCCACGGAGAGGCUGCUGCGCGAUCACAUGAGGAACCACGUCAACCACUACAAGUGUCCCCUGUGCGACAUGACCUGCCCUCUGCCCUCCUCCCUGCGCAAUCACAUCCGCUUCCGGCACAGCGAGGAGCGGCCCUUCAAGUGCAAUUACUGCGACCACAGCUGCAAGAACCUCAUUGACCUCCGCAAGCACUUGGACACGCACAGCAAAGAGCCAGCCUACCGCUGUGAGUUCGAGACCUGCAGCUUCAGCGCCCGCUCCCUUUGCUCCAUCAAACUGCACUACAGGAAAGUUCACGAGGGCGACUUGGAGCCCCGUUACAAAUGCCACGUCUGCGACAAAUGCUUCACCCGCGGGAAUAACCUCACUGUGCACCUCAGGAAGAAGCACCAGUUCAAGUGGCCGUCGGGCCACCCCCGCUUCAGGUACAAGGAACACGAGGACGGCUACAUGCGGCUGCAGUUGGUGCGCUACGAGAGUGUGGAGCUGACGGAGCAGCUGCUGAAGGACCGGGAGAAGCAGGGGGAGGUGCUGGAGGACCCAGCCCAGUGCAUGGUGCUGGCGGGGGCGGAGGGCAGCCUGCAGGGCAUCAUCCUGGAAUCCCCGGCGGAGGAAGCCCCCGACGCGGACUCGCAGGCGGCCACGGCUUCCCGGCGCCCCCCCGAGCGAGAGGCCGGCUCGCCGCCCGAGCAGGAGCCCGGCACGCCUUCCAGCCCCAUCAUCCGCGUGGUGAGCAGGACCAACGAGCGCGGGGAGAGCGAGACGGUGUACUACGUGAUGGCCAACGCGCCCUCGGAGGGCUGAGCCGGACGGGUUUGCCGCAGAGCCCGAGGCAAACGUCACGGAUCAGCUGCACAAGAUGGCGGAGGGACUGGGCAUUCGUCCGAUGCUCCGGGGUUUCACCCCGUACAGACCUCUUUUUGCCCCUCUUCCCCCAGAGGUGCUCGUGGGUUGCAAACACUUCAUGCGUCGUCUCUGUGCGCUCCUCGAAUGCACGUCCCGAGAAGCGCAGGCCGUUGGUGCUACUUGGGGAAAGCGGGGUGGGGGGUGACCCCCCCACACUCCACUCUGUCCUGUCACUGUCGUCAACUUCUGCGGCUGGCCAGUCCCACGAGGGAAGAGGGGAGUCGGCUGCUAAGCCGGCCAGCGCGAAGGGUGCUGGGAACCGGUUCUCCCGUCGGCCACUGGCAGCUGUGCCCGGCGCACAGCGUCCUGAUUCGACUCUGGGAAUGCAAGAAGCGCUGCAAUUUUUGAGGCACUGCGAUAUUCCGAAAAACAAUUAUCUCCUCCCCUCCCCCCCCCCCACUCCGCCCCGUUCCCUGGAAUAUUCUUUUGUACUUCAGCAGGUCCCUGGCAAAAAAAUGCGCCCGUGGGGGGCAGGCCCCUUCCUUUCCACGACAGCGACUUCCCUCUUUCCUCUGGCGCACGUGCAAACUGCAAACCUCCCCGCCUUUUAAGGCGCGGUUGAUCUUCGGCCUGAAAUUGCCGGUGCAGUGGCCCGGUCUUGGCGCGACCGGGCUGCAUUUGAACGUCUCCAGCGAGACACCCCCCUUCCCCCCCGCGUGAUAUUUUGUUGGCUCUUCCAUCCCAGUCUGGGUGGGACACUCGGAGGAUGUCACUUCCAGCUGAUGCUUCCCGGUCCUCGUGUCCCUCCCGUCUUCCGCAGAGGCCGUCCUUUCACGUUAUCUUUGCAGCACGGGGGGCCGCUCAGUGACGAAGGGAGCUUCGUUUGCCGCAUGCCGGAGCUCGUUCCACGCGGUCCGAGGGCUAAUUGUGGGACCGGAGCAGCGUGGGAAGGAGCCGCUUGGCACCGUGAGAAGGAGACUCAGUUCUCACCACGUUACCUUUCCCCAGACUGGGCCCCUACUCUCGGCUUGUGAUGUUUGUGUUCCAACAGAGAAUAAUAAAAAUUUAACUGCCA